UCCGAAAUAAACAAGUGGCUCAAAUAAAUGACUUCGUUAUAUUAGCUAAUUUUUUCCUUUGUUUUGAUAGCGGAAUAUGGCGUCUACCUCGGAAAACCCCUUUCAUAUAAACACUGAAAAACCAAUACUACACGGCCACGAAAGACUUGUUCUAUUUUUGUCCAUUUGACCUAUUUCUGACGUAAACACCCGAAACGCCAUUUUGAUCUGUCCUCGUCUGUAAGCCGGCAAGAUGCGUUCUUUGCUACUGUCUGGAGCAAGUUUUGCAUUAACAGCAGCAGUUAUUGCAAAUGCCUACUAUCAAAAGAAACAGUUUUAUCCAUCGGUUGUCUACAUUACCAAGUCAAACCCGAGUAUGGCUGUGAUCUACAUCCAAGCAUUUGUUAUUGUUAUACUUAUGGGAAAGCUGCUACGCAAGAUAUUUUUUGGACAAUUACGUGCUGCAGAAAUGGAGCACUUGAUAGAGAGAUCCUGGUAUGCAGUGACUGAAACCUGCUUGGCGUUUACAGUGUUCAGGGAUGAUUUCAGUCCACGCUUUGUGGCCUUGUUUACUGUGCUUCUGUUCCUAAAGUGCUUUCACUGGAUGGCAGAGGAUCGUGUUGACUUUAUGGAAAGGAGUCCAGUGAUAUCAUUUGUCUUUCACCUGAGGGUCCUUUCUUUGCUAACUUUCCUUGGAGUAUUAGAUGUGUAUUUUGUGAACCAUGCUUACUAUUCAACCUUGCUGAAGGGGCCUACAGUACAACUAGUCUUUGGUUUUGAGUACUCCAUUCUUCUGACUGUGGUGGCCAUGACAUUCAUCAAGUAUUUGCUGCAUACAGUGGACCUACAGAAUGAAAAUCCCUGGGAUAAUAAGGCUGUUUACCUUCUUUACACUGAACUGUUAAUGGGAUUCACAAGAGUGGUCCUUUAUGUCUGUUUCAUGGUGGUUAUGAUCAAGGUGCAUACAUUCCCACUGUUUGCUAUACGCCCCAUGUAUCUUGCCAGCAGAUCUUUCAAAAAGGCAUUGCAGGAUGUGAUCAUGUCUCGCAGAGCUAUCCGAAACAUGAACACGAUGUAUGCAGAUGCCACACCUGAAGAACUGGCAUCUGGAGACAAUGUGUGCAUCAUCUGCAGGGAAGAGAUGACCCAGUCCAGCAAAAAGCUGCCAUGCAACCAUAUUUUUCACACUAGCUGUCUGCGCUCCUGGUUCCAGCGCCAGCAGACUUGCCCCACAUGCCGCCUUGAUGUUCUGAGAAUGCCACGACCUUCUGCUACCCCAGCAGCAGCAGCAGCAGCAACAGCAGCUGCACCUCCCAUUGCUCAGGCUAAUAAUGCCCCACAGCAACUUUUCCAAAACUUCAAUGGCAUGUUUGGAGGUUUUCCUUACGCCUGGCCACCAGUCCCUCCUGCUCAUGCAAAUGGACAACCAGGAGCACAGCCACAGCAAGGGACACAACAAAGUGUUCCAUCAGCAGGAGGAACAACUACCAGUGCAAACAACAACACUACACCAGCAGCACCAGGGAGUCCUCCACCAUUUCCCCCUUUUUCCCAUCUAUGCCCAUGUUUAUGCCAUUUGGUUUCCCCACCUCCUGCAAAUCUUGGUGGAUUGAGUGAUUCUGAGCUGCGAUCUAUGGAAGGAACAGAGAGAGCUAAUGUGGAAGCCCGUAUCUACUGGUUACGGGAUAUCCAAGCCUUACUAGAUGGUGCCAUGAUGUUGAUAUCUCAGUACAAUCAAGUAGCAGCCACAGUUGGAAUGAGUGGGAUCCAUGUGCCACCAACCGGUUCACAAACAUCUACAGCAAAGGACACAGCCUCAACAAAGACGAAGCCAGAAGGUCCUAUCCCAGAAACCAACCAGGCUGAGACAGUGACAACAAAUACAGACACAUUGCCCAAAGUUUCGUCAUCAGUCACAUCGCUUAAUUCUCCCAGUUCAAAAAGCUUAGAGGAAACUUUAGACUUUUCAGGACUGGAAGGAGCGACAGGAUUUUCUGGUCCAAAAGAAAUGGAUCUUCCAGCAUGGGAAGAUCCACGAGAAGAUGAGCAUGAGGAUGAGCUUCAUGAAGUGCGUCGCCGCCGUCUAGAACGUUUCUCUCAAGAAGGCAAGAAGAAGGAAGACUUUGAUUUAGACUGAUCUGGAGAGUGUUGUGGUUUUUUAUUUUUUAAAUGGGGCUCACAUAGCUCAGCUGUUUUGCAAGGAAACAUUGGAGUUGGCCAUAUUUUGCAUGAAUGCAGUUCACAUUAUCUGAGUUGGUGCAAACUCUUCCAGCAGACAGAGUUUUUCGGUUGAGAACGUCACAAAAUUCCCUUGAUAUGCACGAAGACUUCUUGCCUUUUGGGACAGGGAAACUGAUUUUUCAGUGUAUUUAUGGUCAUUUGUGAUUCACAUACAUGCAAACAAAACGGGGAACUUUUUUCAUCACCUGCAACUUUUAUGGUUAUGCAGGAUCUUGAUGUGUGAGAAGUUACUGAAGAUUGUGAAACCUGCGCCAUAUUCUGUUUAUUCUUACCGUAGUUUUCAGAUGUAUGGAGAUGGUGGCUGGGGAAAGAUUUCUAAUAAAACUUGUGCAUUAUGCCAGUCUUGGUCCUCGCUCCGCAUCCAGAAUUUGUAUAUAAGAUGAUUGUAUCUGCGGGUCUUUUUAAUCGAGCAUUUCCAUUAUACUAAAAGAGUGAAACUAUACCAACAUCAUUUACACUAAAACUGCAUUAUGUAUAUUGUGUUUUAACAAUGUCUUUUGGGAACUGCCAUGCAUAAAGCAUAUUUAAAAAUCUUGAAAAGUGCCUGCAAAUUUCCUACAGAUCAAUUAUCAGAAUUCUUUCUCCCCAGGAAGCUGCCUCCAUCUUUAAAAAAAAAAGCUCAAAAUAAGACAGUACAGUUAUUGCAACUAUUUGUGAUUUCUAGGAGGAUUUUUAAUUUUAACUUUAUGACCUGUCCCUUAUCCCAUAUCACUUUGUUUCAACCCUGGCUCCCUGUAAUGUGUGUAUGUGUGGGGAAGUUGAUCCUAAUGGUCUUGGGAAGAAAUUAUCUGGAUAUCAAGGGAAAGCAGUGCAAGCAUUCUCCCCAUUCAUAUACUGCACCGUCUUCUGUGUCGUGGUUAAAAUCAAAUAUAAACAGGUAAAUUAUCAGGCAGAAAUGCAUGUGAAAUGUUGGCAGCAAAUCUUAAAUAACAGUGGUCCUUAUGCCAGUAAUUGCAUUAUUCAGAUUGUCAUCUCAUGCAGAUGGUGCUUUUCUGAUGGAAAUGAAUGCAUUUGCAUGAUAAACACCUCUUUUUCCCAUCCGCUGAACCUCUUGACCAUUCAUCAAGCCAUAGGUUUACAAAUUACUGUUGAUUAGUUAUUGUGCCUCCUUACGUUGAAGCUAAUUCUAGCCUAUUGUAAAUAGGUCAGUGCACCUUCAUUGUUGAUCCAGCUCAGUCCAUUGUCCUGCAAUAAAAGCCAAAUCAUGGAUGGUCUUCAGACUUGUACAUACACAAGUACGUAGAAACAAGGACACAUGUCCAUGUCGCAGGCACAUGGAGUUCAAACUGCCAAUCUGUCAUAAUUUUUCUCAAAAGCUUAUCCCAUCUUUUGGGGUUUUUUUUAAAUAUUUUUUGCAGUCUGCCCUUUCUUCAAUAACUCCACUCUGCAUCUGACCACCACAUACUAUCCAUCCCAAAGAUUUAUUUUUUCACCCUUUUACUGGUACCAGCUGAUGACCAGUUACGCUAGUUCUCUGUUAUGUCAUCAGGGGCCGUAGUUAUAAAGUGACAGCAAGUUGUUUCCACAGGGCAAAAUGGGGAACUUGAUGGAAAGCAUCUUGUUUCUGAAGUUAUAAAGCGAUUUCCUGACCCCGUGGACACUUCUUCAUGCUCUUUAUCCUUGGGUACCUUAUCUUCUGCUUUAUAACUAUGGAUCCAGCGGGAAAAAAACAGCAUCUGUGGGGUGGGACACAGUUUUAUAACUUCGGAAACAAGAUGCUUGUCCUUGAAUUCUUCAUGCUGCCCUAGGGCAACAGCUUUAUAGCUAUGGCCCCAGAAGAUAUCUGGAUAGAUGCAGCAGUUGACAACUCUCACCACUUAGGCUUGUCAUUAGCAGCAGUGAACAAGUCCUGCGCAGAAAUUACCAGUCCACUCCUUUUGUUAUAAAAGAUUUUUACUAAAUGUUUAGCCAAGAUGCCUUUCUAUGCUGCCCCAGAACAUUAAGAUUUCCAUACAAAUUUCUAGUGAGGGUUUCCAACACCCCCUUCUUCCACAAACCCAACCCCCACCUCUCUACUGUCUAACCCAACUGUAAGUCUCUCCCAACAUCACAAACCCUAGUUUACAAAAAAAAA